UUCUAUGUCAAGUGACCUUGUGCACUGCGUCUGUUCUGGUUGAAGCCAGUGUCCUGUAUAGGAGCGAUGGUUUCUUCGCGAUGGAUGCUUGAAAGUGGCUGCAAGGGAUGGGACUGCAGAAACCCAAAUUGGAGAGAGACUGCGGCUGCCAUCCCGGCCAAUGGCUCGCUUGCAGAAGGUAGUGUAGAUAGUAUAAGAUACGCUACCAGUCUGCUUUACAAGUCUGCUCCGAACCCCAGAGAAUCAAUUCAAUACAUCACAUACAGAAUGAAUAUUCGCUGUUAUAUUAUAUUAUAAGCCAGACAGGGUCCUGUCGCUGAGUGUCUCCGAGAUCAUGACUUUCCGGUCUCAAGUGUUGGGCUUAAUUCCGUUGAAAUGGCGCAACUCACCGGGCUCAUGCGACGAGACUGGGGAAUGGACAUCAGGGUUGAAAGACUGCAGGAACCAGGAUUGACAAUCGGGCGACUGGAAGAAUUAUUCCAUAGUAACGCCGGAGCGGCUGACAAUGAGAUGGCAGUGGAUAUCCUCGACGAGCUAAACCAUAUCCUACCACAAAUAAACUUGGCGCCUCACCACACCAAGAAGACCAUAUUUGUGACAUCAAUUACCGGGUUCCUUGGAAGUCAAGUGCUGCGCUGUAUACUCGCGGAUCCCAAUGUCGGACAUAUCAUAGGGUUAGUCCGGGCAAAAGAGAUAUCCGAAGCCGAGCAAAAGAUCCAAUAUCAUGCUGAGAUCGGUGGCUGGUGGACGGGAAAUCUGGACCCGCGUGUUGAGAUCUGGCUUGGAGAUUUGAGCAAGAAAAAACUGGGGCUGUCUGCAGAAAAAUGGAAGUGCCUCACUGGAGAGUUGAGCGAGACGCGAAUUGAUGGCAUUAUCCACAGCGGAGCGAGAGUCAACUGGCUUGACUCCUAUGGGAGUCUCCGACCGACUAAUGUCGACAGUACCGUGGAGGUUCUUUCUGCUGUGGCGAUGCGAUCCAGGCCAUGUGCUCUGACCUAUGUUUCAGGCGGGUAUCUUCCAGCAGCGGAUGAAUCGGAAAAAGACAUCGCGAGGAAGCUUGAGCAUGCCAGUGGAUAUGAUCAGACCAAGAUGUUGUCGAGGUUGUUGGUGGAGCAGUACAACGACAACGUCUACAGGCUUGAGGACCCAUAUCUUCCAACCGCGCAGACGAUUCAACCUGGCUAUAUUGUUGGAACCAGGACCGAGGGUGUCGCUCAUACGGAGGACUUUCUGUGGCGGCUUGCGUCCAGCAUUCUCAGUCUUGGCGCGAUCAGCGAGGAUUUGACCGACGCGCACAUUCCUGUAGCUGGUGUUGAUCAGAUUGCACGAUUGGUAGUCGAGAACACAACUAGAAGGACACCCCAGUCUAAACGUGACGUCGACUGCUGGGAUGGGCUCACGCUGGGUGAGCUAUGUGCGAUACUGCAGCGGGAGACGGGGAUUACGGUGAAGACCAUGCUACACGACGAGUGGAUGCGCGCACUAAGCUCAGACGUCAGUUCUAGAUCCGACCAUCCAUUUAUUCCGGUGCUGCAGUGGUUUGAAGACAAUCAGUGGCAGUUUGCGAGCAAAGUGGUGGAUGAUUCUCAUGAGCCAGUCUUUGAGCGGGAGGAGAUUGUGGAGGCCAUUGUCAGAAGUGUAUCAUAUUUGGUUGAGAUAGGAUUCCUGCCUUGCAAAGACAAGAGAGAGGAGCCAGAAGGGUGUGGAACAAUGCCGAUAUUCGAGAGAAGUAACUAGAUUAGAGACAGAGGAGGAGAGAGUCGAACAGAAUAAUGAUUGUUGAUAAGGCAUGACCGAGUAAGAGUAAGUAGUAGAUGUGGUAGAUGUGAUGGGCAGCCCCGCCCCGCGGUAGUCACGCCGCCUGUCGAUCAUGUGACAUCUUUUGCUUCUUGCUUCUUGCUUCU